UUCUAGAACGCGCAAGCGUAGAGUGCUGGAAAAUUCUAUGGCUAUAUUUAAACGCCGAACUACCUCAACAAGUUCAGUAUUGAGGAAAGUUCUCUCAUAGCAACAAACGUCUACUAACUACAGUUUAAAAGCUAUACCUUUGCUGGUCAAAGUAUUCAAGAGUGAAAAGUAAAUUUGUGAAAUAUGUCUCUUCUACCGUACAUUUUGGAUGCCUACACUAGGCCCUCCCGUCUUCUGGACCAACAUUUUGGCCUGUCUUUGGACUCCGACGAUCUUCUGAGCCCCAUCACCGAUCCCAGCAUUCUCGCAACAUGUCUGAGGUCCCAUCCAACCAUGGGUUACAUCCGUCCCUGGAGAACAUCAGUGUCUCAAAGAGACGUUGGAUCCACCAUCUCCAUGGAUAAGGAGAGGUUCCAAGCCAAUUUGGAUGUUCAACAGUUCAAACCGGAGGAAAUCACCGUUAAAGCCACUGGAAACAACGUCAUUACCAUCGAGGGAAAACAUGAAGAGAAACAGGAUGAUCAUGGUUAUAUUUCCAGGCAGUUUGUUAGGAAAUACGUAAUUCCUAAAGAAUGCGAUUACGAGAAGAUCGAGUCGAAAUUGUCUUCUGAUGGUGUUCUUACCAUCACGGCCCCAAGAAUCAACGUGGAUAAGAGUAUUGAUCAUAAAACCAUCCCGAUAAUCAAGACCGGCCAUCCUGCUAAGGUUGAACAGAAAAAGGUCGAAGAGAAGAAGCCUGAAAAUGCAGAGAAGUAAAUUUAAUAUGUCUAAAAUAUUUCCUAUGAAUAUUUUUUUGUAUUUUGUACGUUAAGUUGUUUAAGUAUUGUUCUGAGUUGUACUAGUUUACUUAUCUCUGUAAGACUGUUUUUUAUUGCAUUCCUUUUUUUAUUAAUAAAUAAAUGAGUUUCUAGUUCA